GUCACGAAGGAAAGAUGAAAUCAAAACAGCGACUGGGAGGAAAGGCCGUUUAAAGUCCCCACCCCAUCCGCACGCUUUGGAGCGGAUAUUUCAUAACUUACUUCCGGUUUCGAGGUGGUGGGACUUGGAGCCUUUUUCCACGAGAGUUUCGGCGGGAGGAGUUGUUGUUUUUGAGCCUCCAUUAUGCUGCUUCUGUAUCUUGGGCUUCUCUCACUUUCUGGCCUGUCUUAUUCUGUGGAAGUGAAGCGUCCACGAGGGGUCUCCCUAACAAACCAUCACUUCUAUGAUGAAUCAAAACCAUUCACUUGUCUUGAUGGCUCUGCAACAAUAUCUUUUGAUAGAGUCAAUGAUGAUUACUGUGAUUGCAAAGAUGGCUCAGAUGAGCCAGGAACUGCUGCAUGUCCCAAUGGCCACUUCCAUUGCUCCAAUGCUGGAUACCGUCCUAUAUACAUCCCCUCUUCCCGCAUCAAUGAUGGGAUCUGCGAUUGCUGCGAUACAACCGAUGAGUACAACAGUGGCACAGUGUGUGAAAACACCUGCAGAGAAAUGGGCCGAAAGGAGCGGGAGGCACUGAAGCAGAUGGCUGAGGUGGCCAGAGAAGGCUUUGAAAUCAAGAAGGCCCUGAUGGAAGAAGCAAGUAAGAGAAAGGAAGAAAAACAGAAAAAACUAACAGAAUUACAGGAGGGUAAAAAGACUGUGGAGGAACAAGUGGAGGCCCUACGGUUAACAAAGGAAGCUGCUGAGAAACCUGAAAAAGAGGCCAAAGAUAUCCACCAGAAAGCCUGGGAUGAAAAGAAAGCAGCUGAAAAAGCAGCACAGGAUCAAGCCAGAGCAGAAGAUGCUUUUCAUAAAUUGGAUGAUAACACAGAUGGAAUAAUAACUGUUGCAGAGCUUCAGAAACACCUUGAACUAGAUGUUGACGGGGACGGGAUCUUAUCAGAAACGGAAGCCCAGACCUUGCUGGGUAACUCCUUGCAGGUGGACAGAGGCCAUUUCCAGGACACUGUGUGGCCAGCAAUCAAGGAGAAGUUCAAAACAGAGAACUCGGCUGAGGUACAGCCUCCACAAAAUACUCCAGUGGAAGAGGAGUCUGAUACUCCGUCUGAUGCCCAGAUGGACCAGUUACCCCCUGAAGAGGACUAUGAGGAAGACGAGGAAGACGAGGAGGAAGUUGAUGGUGAUAGUUUGGAUGAAGAGAUGAAGGUCUCAUCACCCAAGCCAUCAUCAGAUGACAAGGCAGCAGAGGAAGAAAUGGAGAAGAUGCCUCCUUAUGAUGAAGCCACUCAAGCUUUAAUUGAUGGUAGGCUUUUGAAAGUAUAUCAAAGUUCAUGA